AUGAAGGUUCUGGCAUUGCUAUGGGCGGUAUUCCUGGUGAGAUUCUGUAGCGCAGGUUUUUUGGACAGAUUGUCUUGCUUUUCUGGAAGUAAAACGGAUGAUAUUCAAGUGGAACAAGAAUCUCAAGUUACUACUACUCCCAUUACUUUAGACCUUACCAAACCUGAUGAAACAAAGUUAGAUGUGCAUACAGAAAAUGAGUCCGAGGUGUCAUUUAAAGAGUAUACUCCAAAAAGUGCCUUCCACAUAUCCUCUCUGACUGAUGGUGAUAAGGAGCUAUGGAAAGCUUCUGGAGAUGAAAAGUGCGUAUUUGUAGAAUCUUAUUCUAAGGGUGCUCUAGAACUUCUUUACCUGGAGACCUCAGAGAGUAGUGGCACUAAGUAUAAGUACUUUGAGAAGACUGAUGGUAAAUGGAAUGAGAUUGAUGAAGAGCCAUUUAAUGAGAAGGCAAAGACAUUCAUUGGAGAAUCUAGAAGAGAUGGUCUUACUCUGGAUAUCGCUCAUCCAAGUAGAUUACUAUAUAAGUCCUUCGAUUACUCCUUUGCUGCCAACGCGGUAAGAUUAGUGGUUCCUAAUAAGGACACUACUGUUACAAAGCUUGUGAACGACACUGAGGAUGUACACGCUCUUUCAGCUGAAGAAAAGUUUGAUCAUGCAAAGGUCUACCUAAAUAAGGAUAAGAAGCCUGAACUGGUCCUUCUAGUAACUACUUUAUCUGGUGCUUCUAAAGAGUACUAUCUUGAACUCCAGAAUGGUAAAUGGGUAUCUUGUAAUGACACAGAUGCCAAGAUGAGGAGCUUGAGGGAUCCUGCAGAUUAUAUAUCAGACUUUGAACUUGACCUUUCCUCAGUCACUAGUACUAAAGAAUGUAGCAUCUUUGAGGCAGAAUUACUGGGUGUGACUACCAGGCACUUUUAUCCAAAACCGGAGCACCUUGCCAAGAAAGUAAAGGAUAGAAAUAAGGACCUGUGGACAGGUAUAUCUGAUGACGAUUGUUGCCUUUCUUGCCUUACAUACAAGAAAGGUAAUAUAGAGUUACUUGAUCUGACAGUGGUUGAGGGACGAUCAAGGUGGUAUAAAUUCUUUGAAAAGAGUGGUGAUGGAUGGACGUCCAUUGAUAAGAAAGACUAUGAUAAGAAGCUUCAGGAAAUGAGAAAGUCUGGAUCACCUACUACUUCACAUCCAUCUAAAUGA